AUACAUUAAAGCAGCUUCCGCGGUAAAAGGUCAGUCAGUAAGCAGCAAUAUCAAUGUCGCAGUUUGAUUUCCUUGUGUAAUCAGAUAGUGGGUGACAUAGAAAUACAGUCCCACAUUAAUAUUGAACUUUCUAUGGGUUUUCAUGUUUUCACCUUCCUGCUACAUACCGAAAUCUAGGUGUUCAACGAAACCUGAUUUUCAGAUGAGGAAAAUCGCGCGACCCUAUGUUUCAACAAACAUAUUUACUAGUCAGGUCUCUUUGUUGCUAUACACGUUUGGGACGGCCCGGGUGAUACCUUGUGUGUCGCUGUUCAAUUUUCCGUAUAUUUCAGUGCGUGGUCUGAUUAAAUCAAGCAUGAGAUUUUCCUCAUGUUCCCUGAAUAGGUGAAUUAUUCAGGGCGAGUACUGAGCAAGCCUUGGCCCAUGUUGUGAAACGUGGACGCGAUCGCGAAAAGAGCGCCAUGGCCAACACGACUACAUCUGAAUUGACAAGUACACGUGACAAUUCAGGUUCAACACCAGGUGUCACAAAUGCAACUAAUACACCAGAUAACAUCUACACAAAUGGUUCAACAACGCCCAUCUACUAUACAGAAAACACCACUUACGGUGUCACGACCACAAGCUCUGUUUUUAAUACAACGUCCAUGGGUCCUGGACCUUUGAUUAGUGUCUAUAUAUUCACCGGCGCCGUCUCUCUCCUGCUCAUCAUCGUGACCUGCAUCGUCCUGUUGGUGUACUGCGUACGGACCUGGGGCAAGUUGGGGGAUGGAUUACGACAUGAAGAGAAGGACAAACUGACGAGUCGCCAGGAGAAUGCCGAUUUCAUACUAUCAAGACACAGCGUCAUGGUGGACAAGGCCUGCCAUGUCGUUAUGGAUGGUGAAACCCCUCUAUGCCGGAUAGCGACCACCUCGAGACCUCCGAGAGAAGCAGAUGGUUUUAUCAUGGCCUACCAAGGUGCAGGAUCCGAGGCAGCCUACCAGAAUACUAUUCAAAGGACUGACCCCCUAUACGCCGACCCCAUGACGCUGGACAGACCAGGAACACAAAAUGCCAAUUCCUGUGACAGCAGUACAGGACAAGGUGCCACACUCUCCAAGGCAGACAUUGAUGCCUUGUACGCUAAGCCAAUGAAGAAGAAGAAACAUGGACAGACGAAACCACCAGCAUAGGAAACCUGUUUGUCUGAUGACGAGGACAUAGAAGAACAGUCUAUCAUCUACACCAGCCUUUACCCUGACAGCACAGUUGGUCGCUUUACGUCCUGUUUCGGCGGAUAAUUGCAACUGAUUAUUUUCUGGCGUUGACGUUUUUAUACACUGUAUAUUAUCAUGAGUGUACUUUUAAACUUCAUAAAUGUGUGGGGCGGUCGGAUAGCCUAGUGGUUAAAGCGUUCGCUCGUCACGCCGAAGACCUGGAUUCGAUUCCCGACAUGGGUACAAUGUGUGAAGCCCAUUUCUGGUGUCCCCCGUCGUGAUAUUGCUGGAAUAUUGCUAAAAGCGGCGUAAAACAAAACUCACUCACUCAUAAAUGUGUACUUCAUUUCAAUACUCACCUAUGAAGGGACCACUCGUUUAAUAACAAUACACAUUUAUUUAACAAGUGUUUAAUAACAUCACAUGCAGACGGGACUAUUUUUUCAUUGUCUGGUCUUUGAAAGGUGGUGUCUGUAGCGCUGUGCGGUUGUCCACAACGUCUACUUUUCUGCCAGAUUAUCUAGUAAUUCUCCGGAAACACCAGAGCUUGAUCCACACGGUGUGCAUGUAGAUAAACACUCGCUGAAAAAUUGACAUACUUGAAUUUGUCAAGUCCGUGAGUCUAUGCGGCAGCUUUUGAUCUGUCGCAGGACACGUGACGAAAUGCGUUUGC